UGAGGAACUCUUUCUCUCGCAGUUUUUUUCUUUCUCUUUAUACUUCCUCUCCCGACGGUGGGUGCAAAACAAGCCAGAGUCAGAGAUGAGUGUGAGGCGUCAAUGAGACUGACGGUCUACAAUGGGCUCACGGGAUGCGGCGCGUUCUCUGCGGCUGUUAGAUGAUGAUGGAUCGCGAUUCCCUUUGACUGUGGACCGGCGGCCGCUUCACUGAACGCACCUGAGAUGGAAAGCUGAGGGGUCGCCGUAGUUUGGCGGAAAGUUAUGACCGGAUGGAGCGCACGUCUUCUGGAGGUGUUUCCUCGGCGCAACUUCCCAAGAACAUAAGUAAAGAGUCUCUGUCACCAACAUGAGUUGGAGCUUUCUCACUCGACUAUUGGAGGAAAUCCACAACCACUCCACGUUUGUGGGGAAAGUUUGGCUGACUGUGUUAAUUAUUUUCCGGAUCGUUCUGACCGCAGUGGGAGGUGAGUCAAUCUACUCCGAUGAGCAGACAAAGUUCACCUGCAACACUAAGCAGCCCGGCUGUGACAACGUAUGCUACGAUUCCUUCGCGCCGCUGUCACACGUCCGGUUCUGGGUGUUCCAGAUCAUCAUGAUAUCCACCCCCUCCGUCAUGUAUCUGGGUUACGCCAUCCAUAAGAUCGCCCGUACCUCAGAGGAGGAGCAGUGCAAGAACCAGAUUUAUCAAAAGAGGAAUCGCCACAGUCAGUGGAGAAAUGGACACCACCUAGAGGAGGUCUUGGAGGAAGAUGAUGCAGAGCCAAUGAUCUAUGAAGACACUCUGGAUGAGCAGGAGGUCAAACCAGAGACAGACAAGGGCAAAAGCCAAGAUCGGAAGCAUGAUGGCCGCCGUAGGAUCAUGCAAGAAGGCUUAAUGAGGAUGUAUGUGCUUCAGCUUUUAUCCCGUGCAAUCUUUGAGGUGGGGUUCCUCACGGGUCAAUAUCUCCUUUAUGGCUUCCGUGUUAACCCUUCGUAUGUCUGCAACAAGAUCCCAUGCCCACACAGAGUAGACUGCUUCGUCUCACGACCCACCGAGAAGACCAUCUUUUUACUCAUCAUGUAUGUGGUGAGCUGUCUUUGUCUGCUGCUCAAUGUUUGUGAGAUGUUCCACUUGGGGAUUGGUGCCUUCCGUGACACUCUUCGUAAACGUCGAAGCCAUGGUCAACAACCUCCAUAUGGCUACCCUUACUCCAGGAACAUUUCUAGUUCUCCGCCAGGGUACAACCUGGUGGUUAAAUCUGACAAACCGGGUCGCAUUCCCAACAGCAUCAUCCUACAGGACCAGAACAUGCCCAGAGUGCUGCCUGAACAGCAUUGCACAAGUCCUGAUGAGAAUAUUCCCUCUGACCUGGCUACGCUGCACCACCAUUUACGAGUAGCUCAGGAACAACUUGACAUGGCGUUUCAGACGUAUAACACAAAAAACGCUCAGCUCUCCAGAGCUAGCAGCCCUGUGUCUGGUGGCACAAUGACAGAGCAGAACCGGGUCAAUACAGCUCAGGAGAAACAGGGCGCAAGACCUAAAGCCAGCACUGAGAGGGCAGGGACAAUAGCAAAAAAUGGAAAGACUUCUGUGUGGAUUUAACUCUCAUCUGACUAGUCAUGAACCAUUAUCCUCCAAAACAUAUUGUUUCGUUUGUGAGGGCAUGACUGAACAUUAUGUACACAAGUUCUGUUGAACAUUAAACAAAACUGAAAAAUAAAUAUAUUGUAGAUGGGUAGUGUUCAUUUCUGAAACUCUUUACAAUGCUUUACUGUG